UCAAGCAGCCCCUGAAUGCAUCACGCUGGUACCCGCACCCAUGAGCCGUAAAACAGCCUCCGUCCUCCUGCAGCUGCAAACACGCCGCGGAGCAUCGAGGGAUGAGGAGCUGCAGGGACAUGAAAAUCUGAGGAGGGUCUGAGGAGGAAGAGGAAGACGAAGAAGAAGAGGAAGAGAAGGAUCAGUGUGAUGCAGCUCUGUGAUGGGAGAGGCAGCCGAGCAGGAUGGGAAACAAACAGACAACCUUCACGGACGAGCAGCUGGAGGCCUUUCAGGACUGCACCUUCUUCACCAGGAAGGAGAUCCUGCGGUUACACGGCAGAUACCGUGAGCUGGCUCCACAUUUAGUCCCACUGGACUACACCAACAGCCCCGACAUCAGGGUCCCCCCCACCCUCAUCGUCACCAUGCCGGAGCUCAAGGAGAACCCGUUCAGAGACCGGAUCGUGGAGACGUUCUCCGAGGACGGACUCGGGAACCUGAGCUUCAACGACUUUGUCGACAUGUUCUCCGCUUUCUGUGAAACGUCCCCGCGAGAACUCAAGACCAUCUACGCCUUCAAGAUCUACGACUUUAACAGGGACAGCUUCAUCUGUAAGGAGGACCUGAGGAGGACCCUGAACAAGCUGACCAAAGGGGAGCUGACCCCCGAAGAGGUCUCUCUGGUCUGCGACAAGUCCAUCGAGGAGGCUGACCUGGACGGGGACCACAAACUGUCCUUCACAGACUUCGAGAACAUGGUGUCCAAGGCCCCGGACUUCCUGAGUAACUUCCACAUCCGGAUAUGAUCCUGUGGAGGUCCCGCUGACAGACGUCUCACUCGGACCCGUUUCCCUGUGCAACCGAUCUCCACCUCGAUCAGUGCCUGUCCUCUAUGAAGCAUAGACCGCCUGAGCACCCUGCAGACCACGUCAGAGGGGGGUCAUUCACCUGAUGUAGCCCCCCACCCUUCCCCACUUCCUGUUCUAACCCUGCUGUCUCAGUUCUUCCUGUCAGUUCUAACAUUAUAAAUGAAGAAUUUAUCAGAGAGGAUUCUCGGGGAGUCUGAUCUGAGGACAUGUUUAAUAACUCUGUAGAGUCUGGUGGUGUAGAUGCUCUGCUACGAGAAGAACCAGAACACCUGAGCCGGUCUGCAGACUGAAGUUCAUGUUUAUAUUAACUCUCAUUGACAGGAGACAAAGGUCGGUUUCAGAAUUCUGAGAUUUUCAGAGAAUUUCAAAAUUCAUAAUUUUGAAAAUAAAGUCAGAUUUUUUAGAUUUUGAGAAAAAGUACAUUUUUGUGAGAUUUCAAGAAAGUCCAAUUUUGGGGAAAAAGUCUCUGAAAAAAAAUUGAAUUUUCAGAAGAAAAUCUGAAAUGUGAGAUUUGGAGCAAAUUUAAAGAUUUUCCAAAAAGGUUAAAAAAAUAGAAAUCUGAGAAAAGUCAGAAUUUUGAUUUUUUUUUUAAAGAGUCCAAAUGUUAAGAUAUGACUCGGCCGUAAAGUAAACAGUCCCCCCUCUGGUUAGCCUGGCAGUGCGGACCUCUGCAGUGAGAGUAAUUAUAAACCAACACGUAUUGUAAUAUUAUAACCUCAUAGCAGUUCAUUGAACCGUCUCUCAGUAAAGUGAUAAAGCUGUGCUCAGUAAUCAGACUCUAACCGGAAGAACCGAGACACUAUACGGGUAUCUCCACAGUGGAAACAUCUGGUGAAGAGUGCAUGGAGACCUCCUCUCUAAAGACUGCCCGUCCGGAGGCUUCCUUCCUACCUGAGAGCGUCUCUGACGGACUCUCUGACUCAGUGCUUGCAGACUGAUUAAAGCACAGUUUAAAGGGCAAACCGUGAAGAGCUAUGCAAUCUCUGUGGGUGACGAGCAUGAUGAGUCGCUUCCAGCCGUGGGUCCUUAGUGGUGGUGAUCUGGUGCAUAAUGACAAUCAUAGAUAACUGUAGUUCAGUUGAUGGAAGGGCUCUCUGUACCGAACCUCUUCCUGCCGGUAGAAACAGCUUCAACACGUGAAUUAAUAAAAGACUUUCCUGUUG